UUUUGUGGCAAUAUUAUAUGUGGCUUAUGUUUGCUGAGUGAUGCUGUGAUGAGGCUCGUGCAUGUAGAACACCAUGACCAAGUUAUAGACAUCAACCUGCGGAGAAGAUCGCUGUAUGUAAUGAAGGAUGAAUCCCGCUACAAGUACACCCACGAGGUUCUCGGAGCAAAAGAGUCGUAUUUUGGCAGCCAACAAGUCCCACGGGAGAGAAGGGUGUCCAUUAUGUGUCGCAACUCCGCAACACAAGAUGGAAGUUAAUUUGACACUGAGUGAUCAAACAUCAUUAUCAAUCAGCAAGGGACAAACAUACUCAUUGUCAUUUGUAACUGAUAUCAAUUCUAUGUUUUUUUUUUUUGUUUUUUUUUUUGUAAGGGAUUCAUUAUAUGUACUUAAAGAAUAAAGCUUCCAAAAAGUGUUAUAGUUGUUAAGAAAGGAAGUACAGUACGUGACAAUGUCUUGUUUGUGAUAAUAUUAGGCAAAUUGAUUCACAGUGAUAGAUUGACAUGUAGGAGGUCCGAUAAUAGUGUGGAGAGUUAUCUUGCCUUUAAUAACGAGAUGUCCUUACAGAGAGCGUAGCUUCUAAUCACCCCGAGCGCUCGACUCCCACCACUCAGUCACGGUCCCGUGGAGUCACACCAUUCGUGCCUCACACACACUGCCAGGACUAUGUGAUUAUAACCUUUGUAGACAAUGCCCUUCCCUCCCCAACCCACUUUUUUAUUUCACCAAAUUUGGUUAAAAAUUCUGGUUUGUUUUUAAGAGCUGCAAAGAUAACAGAUUACCGGGUACUGUAUCUUUAAAUUGGGAGAAAUUCAUCCUUUUUGUUAUAAGGAGAAUUUUUGCACCAUAAAUUAGUAUUUUGUUUUUGAAUCACACUGAAAUAUUACAAUGCCUCUGAAAAUUGGUGGACGAGUGAGACAGACUUGGCCACUCGAGCGAAUAGCCGUGAGUCGAGGCGUGAAAUAUAACUGUGAACAACUUCAUAUUUCAGUGAUUCUGAACUUUUACAAAUGUUAGAUUUUGCAUAUUGUAGUUUUACUGGUAUGUAAUUUGUUUUAGUAUAACUUAUUGAUGGUUAAAAAUAAGUACAGUCAGUUCUGCUAUAACGCAAUAGUUGUGUUCUUGUAAAACAUCGUGUUAUAGAAAUUCGCGUAAUAGAAAUAACAGGGCUUAUGGAGAAAAUAGGGUUAGGUGC